AAUGGACGUCGAAAAAGAUCGAAACUCGUACUUCACGCAUAGACAAAAAAGAUCGAUUUUAUCACGCAGCAAAGAUCGCGUCCAGCCUGCACCCGUUAUGAAGUAGCCAGCGUGCCAGAUCUAAAUCGGAUCUAAAUGACGUCGGUCUGAUGUAGUUGGAAGUAGUUUUGCUUGUCCCACCCCUACAGCGAAAUUCAGAUGAAGGCAGAAACUUUACAAACGGUCAGCAAAAUCAAUACAGCUGCAACAGAUCCAGUCUACUACAUCCCCAGAAAAUGGAAGAGAAAGAUCAGUGCAGAUCUGUCGUUUCAGCCCACGAAAACGCGGCGGAUCUAAAUUCUAAAUUUUGGUGGAUCUCUGCUUGUAAGAUCUUGACGCAGACAUUAGCUUUGUCAGUCGCUGUCUGUCUCUACCUUCCGAAUCACCUUUUCCUCCCUUUUUCAAUCACUACCAAACAGGGACCAAAACUGGGUUUUCUGCCUAGUUUUGUAGGGUCAGAUCAGACCGGAUCGUCACAGAUCGAGUUUGCAGACACACACAGAUUUAGUUACUCACAAAACCACGCUCUGCCAAGAUGACGAAGGGUACGAGUUCUAUGGGUAAGCACAACAGCCACUCGCAUGGCUUGUGCAUCCGUUGCGGCGCUCGCGCCUUCCACCUGCAGAAGAAGCGCUGCGGUAGGUGCGGCUACCCGAGCAAGAAGAUCCGAACGUAUGGAGUUUUUUUGAUUUCAUGUUUUUCUAAAUUUAGAUAUGCUUCUAUCUGCACCUUCCCUUGUGGGAGCGAAGGGACCUUAAUGUUGUCCACGAGAUAAUAUUGUGAAGAACAAUUAAAGAUGAGUGAGAGCAGUGCUGGAAUAAUUUUUUCCCGUCUGUCGGACUUGAUGCGACUCACUUCAAUAUUCCUCUUGAGUCGCGAUGUCAUUUUUUCGCCUACUGAAUGCAAGACAUUCCCUAGUGGUGCGAGCUUGGCAAAGUCCUAAAUCAAUUCGUGUGUCUUUUGGUUGAGCUUUUUACAGCUCCCACGCACGAAGCGCUCCAUAUUCCUUGUCGCGGUGGGUGAGCUUUUCUUGAAAAGUACAGGGUCAGCUUUUUGGCCAAACCACCGGGUCAAACCAUGGAGUGUACAGAAAAUAUAGGCACUUCUCUGUCCUAAACGUCAAGAUUUAGAUCAUAGUCCUGAACAAAACGUUCGUUAACCCACAUAUCUAAAUUCUCAUCCAAAAUCAGGUACAACUGGUCUAAGAAGGCUAUCCGUCGUAAGACCACCGGAACGGGCCGCUGCCGCUAUUUGAAGACCAUCCCGCGUAAGGCGAAGAACCAGUUCCGUGAGGGCACGACCCCCAAGGACCGCACCAAGAACCGCGCUGGUGCCAAGUAAGCGGGUUUGAUCUUCGUGGAUAUUGCGAAACAAAGGAGGAGGAACUAUUCCUCAAUUGGACGAUCUGUGUGUGAUGUAAAUCUAUAAUCUGCGAACAAGGACGAGUGUUGUACAUUCACCGUUGCACUUUUAGAACAAGGGCGUAUCGUGUGAGUGAGUUUAGUAGCUUCUUCAGUUGCAAGCGCGCUGCACUUUACCGACGACCUUCUGGAACUUUGAGGUGAAUUGGGCAAGUCUGAUGAUCUCGAACU